CUUUUGCUUCGUUGAGACAAGUGGCUCCUUUGUGUUGCUGAAUGCGCCGGAAAAGUUGACUAUUAUAGUUUCUUUUUGCUUUCACUGUCGUCUGCACAGAGAACAGAUAAAGCUGGGGGAAGACCUUAAGUCAAUUGCUUCAGGUGUUCCAAUCGAACAGGAAACAGUGCACCACAAGAUGGGAUAGAGCUUCAAAAUGGAUCGCUUGUGUUCUUCAACAUGCUUGCAGCUGCUACGCUAGAUGUACCGGAGUUUAAAUAUUCACUAGGACGGUGCCUGCUGGCAAACAUAAAAUCUAACCAGCAGCAAAUGAACAUCAGCAUCGACUGUUUAAACGAUCGUAUCACUCAAACGUAUGUGCGAAGGUUUGAUGCUUACGAAGUAUUCAUGUUACACAAAUUUUCAAACUACAGCAAUGGAGCCCGUUCAUUCGAACUGUUUGUGUGUAUGAGUAAGCCCUACCGGCAAGGCUGGAUAGUGGUGAAUCAGGAACCGAAGUUUGUGGAUGGGCCAACCAUAUCUUCGACCCGGUUAACGUUCGACGAAGAAUGUGCGUGUAAUUUUCGGUUCGAUUUUAAAAUUUUCUACACAAACUCGACCGUCGGGAAGCGCGGGCGCAAGCAAGCGGAAGCGUACAUGUGGAAAACGAAGCCGUACGUCGUUGCAACGGGUGUAGCUAUAUUUGCACUGAUUAUCUUAGUACUGUGUGUCGUUUGUUCUUACUUUUAGAUGGAAG